GGGACGGACGGCAGUGGGGCGGACGGCCUUCCUUCAGGGGCUGCGGCACGCGCCCCGACCCUCGGGCCAAGGCGCGCUCUCCGACCCCAGCCCCAGGCGGCACCCCUGACCCCAAGUGAGCCCGGUCAGUGGUCCCCUCCGUCCGGGAGGAGCCCUGUAACUUGUCCUGGGGCGGCCUGCGCCCAGCUAGGCUCUGCCUCCCGCGAACGGGCGCAGUCUGGAAAACUUUUGGACUGGACGGGCCAGCACUUCAGGGUUUAUGCAGAGGGGCACUUUUGCGGAUGGGGACCUUAGAGGGCUCUGCAACACUCCGGUCACCCAACACCUGGCUGCCGCUGAUCGCAGCUGUGUGUCCCUGUGGGUGCCCUUGCCACUCCAUCCCCUUGGUACUGCUGUGUCGGCUGCCCUGUCCCGCCGACUCUCCGAGGGAUUAGGGAGUUUUCCUGGCCCUGCUGGUGAUGAAUGAAAGCCUGCCGGACCCUGGUGACUGAUGCCCAGAUUGGACGACCACUUCUGGAGCUGUUCCUGUGCUAAGGGCCGGAGGCACAGAAGCCACCAGAGAACCGGUUCCGGAGGGGUGGCCGCCAAAGUGGGGAAAAUGAUCAACUCCUCGGUGCCCGGCCCCUCCCUGCUGGUGGCCCACAGUGCCCCGGACACUGACCCCUCUCGGGGGCCGCAGAGCACUGGUGUGGGCGGCCGUGGGGCCAGCAGCUGCCACACUAACAGCUGGCAUCACCACUUGGUGCAGAGGAGCCUGGUGCUUUUCUCAGUCGGGGUGGUCCUCGCCCUGGUGCUCAACCUGCUGCAGGUCCAGAGGAAUGUCACCCUGUUCCCUGAGGAAGUUAUUGCCACCAUCUUCUCCUCAGCCUGGUGGGUUCCUCCCUGUUGUGGGACAGCAGCUGCUGUUGUCGGCUUACUCUACCCCUGCAUCGACAGUCACCUCGGAGAGCCCCACAAGUUUAAGAGGGAGUGGGCCAGUGUCAUGCGCUGUGUAGCAGUCUUUGUGGGUAUCAACCACGCCAGUGCUAAAUUGGAUUUUGCCAAUAACGUUCAGCUCUCCUUGACGUUAGCAGCCCUGUCUUUGGGCCUCUGGUGGACAUUUGACCGUUCCCGAAGUGGCCUCGGGCUUGGGAUCACCAUCGCCUUCCUGGCCACUCUGAUCACUCAGCUACUGGUCUACAAUGGCGUCUAUCAGUACACAUCCCCAGAUUUCCUCUACAUUCGCUCCUGGCUUCCAUGCAUAUUUUUCUCAGGAGGUGUGACAGUAGGGAACAUAGGACGACAGCUGGCUAUGGGAGUUCCUGAAAAGCCACAUAGUGACUGAGUCUUCAAACCCACCGAUUCUGAAGAAUGACAAGAUUGGGAAGAAACUCUGUGAUAUUGGAUUGUGACAAAGAUUGUUUUUUCCCCUCAAUAAUCUAUUAGAUUGGGCUGACUGUACAAGUGACACCUGGAAAAACAAAUUCACCAGUUUUAGAAUAGCAAAGGGAAAGAGUAACUGCUUAUCUUGACCGUGACCCUGCUCGACUGCAGCCAUGCCUGCGCCUGCCCUGGAGGCCUGGGUCCCGGGCGGGCAGCAGGCUGCAGUGUCCCGAGUAUUCGAUUUCAUUCUUGUUAUUAAAGCAAGUUGCCAUAUUUCACAGCCUUGAACUAAAGCCUAAUUACCAGCUCUUGGUUUUGUGUCAGUGCCCACAGGGGGUAGGUCGAUGGUGCUUAACAGAGAUUAAGUGCGGUAAAAUAGGAAUAAUAUUUAUCCAAAACAUUUUUAAAAAUAGGGUUGUGUCAAAAAAGAGAAAAGCGGCCGCGGUGCCAGCGAGCUUCGGGAGGCCGUGCUCGUGCGCCAAGGUGUGUCACGCUCACGCAGCCACACGCGUGUCCCACAGUGCACAGCUGUGCUUCUCGUUCCUCCCGGGGAAUUUUGUGUAGACAAUCUUACUGAUGGAGAGGUGAGGGAGGCCGUGGUUGUGUGCUGUGAUGUAUUGGGAUUUUCACCUCAGUAUUUAUGAAGUUUUAUCUAGAAUCUUCUAAGAGUGGAUACCUGUCUGCCAUGGGUUUCAGUCUUAGUGAGCCAGACUGUUUGUUGUUCCUUUAGUACUCCAGAAGAGAGAUGCCUAUUUUUUCCACAGCCCUAUGGAAUUUGCAAUCUGUGAUUGCCUUGUAAAAAGAUGAGUGCGUAUGUCACUACACUAAAGAUUUGGUGUUUCUAAAUACUCAAAGAUAGUGGUGAGCACAAUGUAGUCAUUUAACGGCACAGACCGUACCAGACCCAAUUUGCAAGUAUUGGGUCUUAAACUUCAAGUGCAAUGUAUAUGAAAACCAAUCUGAGCCUUGUAUUCUCUUAAAUAUUUAUUUUUUUUUUAACGUAUGAGAUGUAAAAGAGGGUUACCAUUCAUUUCAGUGCUGCAUGGAGGAGGCAGAAGUCAGCAAUAAUUUCCUUCCGUUGUGAAGUUGCUUUGUCGGUAUGUGUCCACUGAGCCCUGGUCCUUUGAAAUACUCCAGUUUUGAGGGUUUAGUAAACUUGUAAUUUUUACUUACAAAUUUACCUUUUUGUAUUUUGCAAUUUAAAUAUUUUGGGUUUGUUUUAAAUUCCGUGAAAGAGGCUUGAUGAAAAGACUCCGUUGACUCUCAGUCGGCCGUCGGCAGGACGGGGCCUGGGACCGAGUGGCGUGUGGCUGUGGACGUGUGCUCAGCUGCGUCCAUGUGACGAUCCUCGUUGCGGUGGUUUUGUUUUGUUUUGAGGAAAAUAUCUUGGAGUAAAUUUUAAGUUACUGUAGCUAAUUUGUUUUAGAGGAGUUUUGUUCAAAAGAAAGUGGGAUCAUUCUGAAUUUUGCAAUGACCCCUUAUACAUUUUCUGAAAAUGAAAACAAAUGACUAGCUUUGUGAAAAGACUUUUCAAUGAAGAUGUCAACAUUUUAUGAAAAACCACAAGUCAUUAGAUGAAAGCAGUAAUUGAAUCUUUAAAAUAUACUUGAUCAUGCACAAACAAUAAGUAUUUUCUCUCUUAAACUGGAAGUAAAUGUAUCUGUUAGAAAUAAUGUAGCCAAAAAAUGUGAAUCUGAAGAAUUUUUUUGCCAAUACUUUAUAGCAAGUACAUGAACCAAAGUGAUUCGAGUUUGUAAAAAUGUAAAAUAGUAUGAACAAAUUUGCACUACGCCAGAUUUGAACAGGUAGUGAGAUUCACAUUCACAUCAAGUUUUCAACAUUGUGUUCUUUUUGCAUUCAUUUUUUUACUUUUAUUAAAGGUUCAAAACCAA